GCGCCUGAGUGCUUCGAGUCGUUAGAUUACAGUCCGGCCAGCGACCUAUGGGCCAUCGGAGUGGCCAGGUAGGCACACACAGCACCACACCAACCACACACACACACACACACACACGUUCAUUCUGUCUGUUGCCCUUUGGUGCGCCCCUCUUUCAGUUGCUACUUGUUGACGAGUCGGUUCCCCUUCAGUGUCCGCAGCGACGGUUGCAUCUCCAAAGGCGUGCUGAGGGCCAUCAUGCAGGUCGGCCACUGCAGCGAGGGAUGGAGGGAAUGAGCUGUAGGAUAUCCAUCCACUCAUCCACCAUGGUGUGGCGCGUGUGUGUGUGUGAAGGGGCCGCGUUUUCGCGAGACUGGCGAGUUGUCGCCGGAGGCUGCGGACAUCGUACGUCGUUUGCUGACGGCCGACAAAGCCCGGCGCAUCCAAUCGGGUGGGUCAGUGAUCAAUAAAGGAAGAAACAGUGGGUGCAUUCCAUGUGUAUCUACAUGCCUUUGGUCAGCGGCUGAUGCUUUUGCGCAUCCCUGGUUUGCCAUGGCGGCAGAGGAGUCGGGCGCCCCCCCCCCCCCCCCCACAA